CCUCUACUUUUUUACUUGUAUUAAUUUCUACUCAGAAAAGGAUCGAACGAGAACAACUUAAAUGACAACUGAAGUUAUCCGUGAAUGUUUGAUACCUAGGGCAAAGUGCCACACCUUCGCUUAGCGCAACAGCUCCACGACACAGCUGGCCAAAUGGGGUGCCAAUGCUGCAGGAUGAUAAAAAGCUACAUCUACGACCCCUCUGUGGCGGUGGAUGUGAGGAAGACGGACUCUGCAGGCAGCUCGCUCUACCAGCCCCACCACCUCCCACGCAGCGACCCGCUCAGUGGCCUCAACAAGCAGAAGCAAGGCUUUAACAACCUCGGCUACAGCAAGUCCAACGACAGCACACUGAAAUUCGAGGUGGACAACAACCACGUCAACCACAGGCUGCACGCCGCACCUUCACCUGCGAAGGAGCUGCACAGGCAGGGGAGCGCACCACCCGCAGAUGGAGGUCUCUACAUCAUCCAGCCAGAAGCUCUGGGACCGAGGUGGGUGAUGCACGAUAAAAACCCGAUCCAGGUGCCCGUUUACCCGAACAGACAGGAGUACAAUAAAGAGAGGAGCUACGGCGAGCAGGAACACAACGUGACGAGGAACAGGCGGGACAGCUCCAUCACCGAAUGCGUGAAUGGCAGCGAAAGCCUGUCAGCGGACGAGAUAGACGAGGGCGUUGGAGGGACGCCGGAGUACCCGUGUGACACGGGGGACGAGGCUAGCGUCCUGUCCGUGGACAUCCACACCAGCACCACCAGCCUGUCGUCGGCCGACACCAGGGACGAGCUCAGGCUGCAAAAGACUCCGGACACCGAGAACCAUGAGGUGGCGAGGUACGAGGAGGAGGAGGAGGAGGUGCAGAGCGUUACUGACUCGAUGGUGGCGGAGGCUCUGGCUGCUUUGGAGGCCGCCACUGCCGGGGAGGACUGUGAGUGACAGACCUCUGCGCCGCCUCUCGCUUAUCAUCAAAAAAAACUCACAGACCUGACGGAGCGUUCAAAACCACCGCUUGUGUUUUUAUCAAAGAACAUGAAACGAAUGCCGGAACGCUCAGAAGUACGGAUUUAUUUUUGAACUCUAAAUCUUGGAUAUUUUUUUAUUUCGGCCACGUUGACGGAACACGUUUGCCUUGUGAACUUUUCCAAUGCCACAAAUGAAAAGAUGUGUUGACUGUGAAUAUCAGCCUUUUUAAAUCCAGUGUAUUUAACACUCCACAGUCCGAAUGGGCCCGUUUGUGCUCACUCGCUGCUUUGCCAUGUCCACGCUGUCCUUGUACAGGCGUUAGUAAAGACCAGCAGAUGCUUUUAUCACAUUUUGCAGCAUCGCUAUGCUAACUGCUUGCAUAGAGUCAACAUUCCCUUUGUAAACACACAGUCCUUGCCAUAGCUUGCCGUCUCUUCAGGAAUCUCGUCCUCGCUUCACUGAACAGGCGAAAGAGGAAAG